AUGGACUCCUUGGACCCCGCGGAGCGCAGGUACUUGGAGGAUGAGGAUAGUCCUACCAUGAAGACAAUUAAGGGUGCAACAAAUGGAUUUGUUACUGGAACUAUUUUUGGGACCAUAGUUGCUACUUGGUAUGAUGUGCCUCGUGUUGAGAGAAGUGUCGCUCUUCCAGGCUGA